CAACGUUAAAAUAUGAAUUCCCAAUUGCACUUUUUCGCUCGGGCGUUCUAUAGAUCGACAUUGCGUGGAACGUCGCAACAGGCAGCAAGGCAGACACGAUUUGCCCAGUAUGUGUGCAGAAGCUGUCAAAGUAAAUUUUCAACGACCGCGAUAAGACGAGCUUUUGGAUUAUCCAAAAAGGACGCUCAGAAUGCCGCUGAGGUAGCCGAUCGAGCUGGAAGCAAAAAAUAUCCUUCUCGGCUCGUCAUAUAUGAUGCUGGCGACAUACGCACAUCAUUUGUGUCCUUCUGGAAAGCGACAGCCCUCUUUCAAUUCGGCGUGGUGGGCGUCUUUAUUGCUCCCGUUCUUUACAGGAAUGAGAAUCAGCCUGACCCAAAUGUUCGCCUGAUGCAAGCUAUCGGAGUCGGCAUUCUGGGUGUUGUUCCAAUGGCAAUGAUGUCCUACCUUACAUCACCGUUUGUCAAACGCAUUGCCAUCGACAUCCCAGCCUACGCCCAAAUCUCAAGGCCCAAUCUUCAGCGCUUUGCGAGUACAAUUCAACCGAACGCUCGUCUCGAGUUCACCACGUUGCGUGCAUUUCCUUUCCAACGAACCUCCACGGUUCUUUUGCACGAGCUACGCGCUCUUCCUUCUCAGAUGUUCCGAUUCGCCAACCUUGAGCGCGUAAAGACUGAAGCGAGCAUCAAGAGGUGGAAAGGAAUGCCGUGGUACAGUAAGUUUAUGGAGAUCAUCAAUGAGCCAAGAUGGAAGUUCUACGUGAAAGAGGGUCGCCAGUACACGAUGAAGACUGGGGUACCAGGUGUUUGGGAAGAAAUAGCCCAGACUAUUCAACGACAGUCCCUCAAGGAGCAAGUGGGUAAGGGCAGCGCGAAGCCGGCGAAUACCUUGGCCAAACUGGUCAAUGAGCCCAAGGUUAGACCCGUCAGGAGGCAGACAGCUAGAUCGGCAAGGUAGAACUGAGGAGACGAUGUUUAACAUCAAACUUGGUAAAUGCAAUGUUUGUUGUGCCUGUGUUGUAUAAAAUGUGUAUAGAGGAAUGCCUUUGUAAUACUAGAUAUGUUGAUCGAAUUCAGGAACACCAUGAAUUGAG